AUGAAAACAUGGAAGGAACUGUUGUUUUGUUCUCUCUUUUACCUCUUUUAUGUGUCCAUUUCUCCACUAUUAGCUCGUGAUCUGAAAGGGCAUUUAGAGCCAUUGUUCUCUCAUGGUAAGAGAUUAGAAGUUGAAGUCUACGAGGGAUUUCCAACACCCGAGGAAUUCUACAAGAAGUUCGUCAUCAUCCCGAAGCCGGUUCUCCUUCGUAGCGGGGCUACGCUGUCUCCUGCGUACAGACUAUGGAAUGAGGAGUAUUUUCUUUCUUUCCCUGAAAGUGAGGAGCAUUUAGUGGUAGUUGAGGCAGAAAAAAAGGAAAAUCGCACAACCCCAGGAGAAGAGGUUGCUUUUGCAAAGUUUGUUCGAGAUUUGCAUUCUUCUGGACAGUACAUGGUCAGUUCAGUACCACAGUUUCUCAGGUAGGACUUUACUUCCUGUUUAAGCUAAUAUACUUUGUUUUCAUCGUUAAAUGAGUGGCAGCUGCAGAAGAACAUCAGUUUUAAAAAUUACUUGAAACCUCUCUUUCUUUCCUGGAUAAAUAUGUACAAUCUGAGAUAUGUCAUUAUGCUAUUCAAUUUUGGUACCUAAUUUUGCGGGUACUUAAUUUUCCUGGGGGGGAGGGGGAGGGGGGAGGUACUUCCCUAUAAGAGAGGGUAAUGGGGAUGUGCCGCUGGAUGGGGUUGCAUUUUCACGACUGGAUUGACUAUAAUGGGGUUGCAUUUUCAAUAGAGUUACUAGAGUGGGGUCGCACAUUCUCGGAUUUUCGGGGUAAGAAAGUUCUUCAUAUUUACGGUUAGCAAAUGUACCAUGAUGUUUGUACUGUAGGUGAAAAGUUAAGUGUUCUUCAUUCAAUUUAAAACUGAAUGUGUCAAUUUAUUUUAGGAUGACCUUUUUAAAGGAUUGACAAGGUAGAUACAUAAAUAGAAAGUGACUAACUUGGGAUCGCAAAAAUUACAUUUUCCCAAAAGUAACUAAGAUGGUGUCUAUAAUUGGCCACAGAAUAGACUAUAAUGGGGUAGGGGCUCUGAGAGGGCAGCGGCACAUAUUCAUAACCAAUUAACCCAAGUACUUUCCCCAGGUUAAUUUUGUGAUUUCAACAGGCAAAUAAUUUUUAAUAAAGGGCAUUAAAUUUUGCGAUUUAAGAGUUCUCAACUUCUUCUUAUUUUUUAGAAAAGUCUGAACAUUUAAAAAUUUCUAGAUAAACUGAAACAAGCAAUGUGUGAAAUCUUUGCAAAUUAACGUUUAUUUGACAUGCUAAGGUACAAAAUGGAGCUUACCAGUAAGGCCAGUAAACAAUUAUUUGUGUAUUUGUCCACACACAUCCUGUAUUUGUUAUAAUCAUAACUAUAACAAAAUUGUCAAAUCUGAUUGGCUAUCAACUGCCCUGAUUUCAGCCUUAAUUGGACAGUUUAAUAGGACAGUACGCGUCAUGCCCAAGUAAUUGGACAGUACGCGGCAUCACGCGCGUGCUUAAAUGGCUUCUUUAUAUCACAAAUUUUGUUAAAGUUAUGAUUAAUUGGUAACAGAACUUCGUGUCGUCCAAUUCGGUCUGUAAUCAUACUCGUGAUUAAACAAAUCGGACUCCCGCUACGCGGUCGUCCGAUUUUGUUAAUCACUCGUAUGAUUACAGACCGAAUAAUUAUUAUUGGACUCCGCUCAGUCCUGUUACCAUUACUAAUAUAUUGCUAUCACAUGUUUAUUGCGAUUUGAAUUUCAGGAUGGGUACUAAAUUUUGCCAGGAUUAAUUUCGUGAGCCUUCAAUUUCACUAUUUUUUUGCAAUCGCAAAAACGUAGCCUGCCAUCACAGCCAUUUCUCCUCGCUCCUCGCUUGGGAUGUUUUGCAGGGAGAGACGCCUGUACCUCAUUGACAAGAAUUCUAUACUGAUGACAUAGAAUCUGUCCAGAAUCUGGUCAGGAUCUCUGAUUGGUUGACAUAGUAGUUACAUUGUUUUAGCCUUGUUUAUGAAUGACAGACAAAAGACAAAAGGCCACAAAGGUCAGAUGUAAACAGGAUAAAUCUGUGACAAAAAAACAGUCAAUGUUCGUGGAAUAUACUCCUCUAUAAAAGAAGCAUUUAAGUUUUGCUGGAGUCCAUUCGCAGAUAAACACAAACGUUUACCAAAAUCGACCAGGAGAAACAUAAAAUCAAGCAAAUUUGAAUUUGGAACCCCACGACUACCAAUUUUUAUCAUCAGUAUGGAAUUUCUGUUGCUGAGACUACGAAAAACACAAAAUUAAGUACCAAUUAUGAGGUAUUUGGUUUUCAUUACCAUCUUUUUUAGACAAGAUGUCUAUCUUCCAGUUCCAAUUUCUUGCCCAAAUAUAAUUCAAGGAAACCUUGUACAAGAUGUAAGUAUGAUUAAAAAACUAGUCUAACUAGAACUCCUGAACCUAGACUGGUGGGGUUAGGAACUGGAUGCGUGACCACCUGCAAAUAUCUUUUUGUGUAGGCUCCUAUAUCUUUCCUUUUCUUGUCUUUUUCUCAUUUAAUUGCCCUAUUUUAUUUUUAAAUACAUUAAGCAAAGCAUAUUUAGCAAUAUUAUUUCACCUGCUGGAGGGAAUACACAGGGGUCAACUCAUUAAGGAGGGGGGUGGCUGGAGGCUGGGAGUAACGAGAAGGCCACAGUGAGGGUUAGGGUUAGUUCAGAAUAUCUUAAGUUCCUACCCCUUUCAUCUUGACCAUGUUGGUUUCCCUAGCCUUAACAUUAUUUUGCCCUAAGUAUUUCUAUAUUAAAAAUGUUUUGUUAAUCACCAACCUUAUUGGUAAUAAGUAAGUAGUAAGUAAGUAAGUAAGAGACUUUAUUUUAUGAGGAUGACACGUAACAGUAACCGAACAUUACUGAUCAACUUGUGGCCCUCUCGAAAUAUAAAAAUACAAUUUAUAAAAACUACAUUAGCAAUAAAUUAUUAUUUGCAAUAAAAAUAUUUCUAGAACUGACUCUUAAUGACUUCCUCUCCCACCCUUCUUGGAGGGUUCCUUCCCUCUAGAUUGUCCCAUAUGCCCAUUGUAUGCAGAGUUUCAGCUGGAGUGAUUAUGAGUCCCAAGGGAGGGUACACCCUAUAAUUGCCAAUACAGGGAGGCUCUGCACUAAAGGGGUACCUUUUCCAGCAUGCCUCUGGUGUAUUUAAGCAACAGAACACACUUUCUAUGGGUUUAAGCUUGUAAAUCAUGAGCCGAAGGCUCGUGAUACAGGGAGGUUCUGCACUGAGCCUCCCUGAGCUCUGCACUGAACCUCAGGAAGACUCCUGCACUGUGAAGGAGUGAUGUACAAGCUUUCCGAGUGUUCUCCCAACUUCCCAAGUGGGAUAUCACACCAGUAAACCCAUAGAAAGUGUGCUGUAUUGUUUUUAUAAAAUAACACUUCAAGUUUUCUAUGAGUUUACUGGCACAAUAAACCAUAGGUUUUUAACCAAUCAGAAUGCGUGUACUAUCUUAGGUAUUUUAUGAAAAAGGGUGGGGAAAUCUGUCAUUUCCAUCUUUAAAAGGACCUAAAAGGGCUAACAGAAAAAAUUAUGGCUGUGAAAAAGUCAAGAAAAUUUAUAGCACUUAUAAAAGGGAUGCAGCUUCUAAACUAGGUAUGUAAAAGUGGUACCAUUUAUCAAUGGAAGGUACACGGAAAGGUAACCUAUUCUGUCAAAAAUGGUAUAUAAAAGGGUAAGGGGCUGGACCUCAGGUGGAGCCCAAUUCCUGUAUAAAACUUUGUUGAGUACAGACUGUACUCCCCUUCCCAGGUUAUGAGGCCUAAUGGCUGUACUUGAUCUCGUUUAGAUGAUGUGGCUUAGCAGUGGUGGAACCAAGUCUGUCCUUCACAAUGAUCAUGCAGAAAACAUUAUGUGUGUUUUCAAAGGAACCAAGGAGUUUUUCUUGAUAGACGAAAAAUACCAGGAGUUGGUAAAAAGUAGUUUUUUUUUUACUUUGAUAGUGUAGUAGUAUAACUCAUAUGGUUUGAAGUAGGUGAAAUGUGAUAGUUCAGGUUAAUGUUGCAUAAUGAGCCUAUUGCUCUUAGCAACCAAAAAAACCCUUGGUAUCCAGCUGAGCUGAUCAGGGACUUUUAGUCUUCAAUCUCUGCUGGAUACCCAGUAGCUUGCAAAAUUCAUACAGUAUUCCAUUAUAGAACAACUACCGUAUUAUUAUUAUUUUUUUUGAUGGGCUCAAAAUGCCAAACGUGUUACAUAUCAUGAACCAGAAAGGAUAUAGAACAACUGCUACAUUAUUAUUUUUUUUUAUGGGUACCAAAUGAUAAAUGUGUAUCCUGGAAUUGUUUUAAUACGCAUAAUUCUGCCUGGAUUAACCGGAAAGGAUGUAGAGCAACUGUCCAAAGGUUUUUUCCAUGGGUCAAAAUCCUAAACGUGUUAUAUAAGCAAGAAGCGUUCAGGCAUAUUUAAGAAAUGGUAAACGUGCAGCGUGCCACCAUCAAGUUUAUAUGGAUGCAUGCGGGAUGUUGCCCAAAGUGCGAAAGAAGCACCUCUAGCUUCUUGUGCAUGCUGCACGUUUACCAUUUCUUUUAUAAUCAAAAAAGAAAACAUUUCCAUUUGCCUUCGGUUGAGUCAGUCAUCGGCCCUAUGAACGAAAUGAUGUAUGCCGUCAACUGCCCGCGCAUAAACAAGUCAUACCAUUCAAAAACUCUUCUUUGAAGUUUUUCCUUCGCUGAAUUCAUCCCCAAUCUUCUCUAAGUUGUCUCUAAUCAUUAAUUGUUUACUAGGGAAGCGCUUGGGUUAUGCGCGCGGGGAAGGUGGGAACGCGAGAGGAGCUUGCAAAACUUUUCAUGUUGUUUACCUGAAUGGCGUCUGUUAAAUGCUCUUGAUAUUACCGUAAAUACUAUGAGGGAAAACUAAGUUUACAGCUGCAACUAUGAAACACCAACUAAAAAACUGACAAUUUUUGCAGUAAACUUAAAGUUCAAGUAAGACAAAUUUACUGUAUUCUCUUUGGAAUAACGAGUACCACUAAUUUUUAAAAGAAGUUAAUUAGUUUUGUAUCGAAACUGUCCAGGGAUUCAAAGUCAAAUUGAAAUAGCAAAAAUUCGCCGACACAGUGAUCGUGCUUUGAACUACUGUCAUGAAUGAAUACGAACAAAAUAAUAAACAGAGAAGUUAUUUUUUGAAAAAAAUUAUUUGAAUACCAAAUGUUUCACUUUUCAAAUGAAAUAUUCGUAUUGCCCGACGGUCCUCGGACGAGUCGGCCUUGAUCAUGAAUGCGGGGCUAAUGCGGGGAAUGGUAAAAAAAACGGUAAAAAAUAAGAAAAAACUGCAAGAUUUAAAAGCACACUUCCACACUUAUACUACGAAACAGAUAUUGACAAUUUGAAUAGUACCUACCCACAAAUGGUUAAACCUAGUCGAGGCAGGUUGGUAUGAUUAAGUUAGGCUUAUUACAACUAGGGUUUUUUGCACUCUACAUAUUUACUUACAAGGAUUUCAAACCAGCAGCAGUUAAAGAUUACAAUAAAUAGUAAAUUAAAAUAAUGAUAGCAGGAAUGAAAAACUUGCAAAUAAAAUAGCAUAACAAAAUAAAACAAAAAGCUGAAACCUUACUGGUAAGCUAAAGGGAUAUCUGUUUCAAAAAGCAAAACUGUGCGUGGAAGAGCUAGUCGUACUAAAGUAAAGUUAAAAAAGCCACGAAGCUAAAACGGAAGAAGCGACUGGAAGUAAUCUAAGGGACUUGUCAGAAAUUAGCAGGGGGGAGGCGGGGUGGGAAUUUGAAAUUUGGGUUCGGAAAUGAGGUGACCCAUCCCUGCAAUGGGAGUGAAAUUUGCUAACCCUCCCCUUGAGCUUGGCCUAAAAUAUCCUGACCCUCCCCCUCUUGAAUAAAUGAUAAAAUCUAGUUCUUGCAAUACACUAGGGUGAGUCAGUAUUAUGAAAACUCAAAAUAUAUUUUUAAUCUGUUCUUUGUAAUGCUAGAUAAAUACAUUUUAGAUGACAGCAUUAAGAGUCCAACUCUGAUUCUGACAGCUGAUCACUUGACUCUCCUAUUUCUCCCAGGUUUUUUUUACCAAAGAGAGAACUUCCUUUUUCUUCUGUGGGUGAAUCUCUACAUGAUCAUGGGCUUGUAUUUGCAUGACCCUCCCCUUUUAACGGCCCAUUUUUCGUGACCCCUCCUUUCUCUGAGUCUCAAAAAGUUGUGACCCUCCCUCUGUUUCCACGCCCCUUCCCCCCUGCUAAUUUCUGACAAGUCCCUAAAAUCGAAAAUGGUGAAUUGUGUCAAAAUAUCGACAUUCAAAUCCUUUUAAUUUCUCAUUUCUUAUUAUGCUUUUACAGUGUAAAAUGGAGUUUAAACUGCUCCUUAUUUUUCGGUCUGUACAAUAGUCUGAGUUUAACUUCUUGUCGAGUAAAAUGUGCAUGUUUUUGUCAUGUUUGUACUCAGUUGUGAGCAAAUAUGUUGAUAAAUAAAAUAUUAAACCUAAAUUUAUGAACAAACUUUAUUUUUUAAGUCAUCGUCGAGUGAUCAAACUGAUUUAAGGUGGCUCGACUGGAUUUUUUAGUGGGGAUACCUCCCAAGUUUGAGCAUUAAGCAGGGUCCGAAAUUGCGCCUUCCUGGUCGCCAAUGCGACCAAAAAUUCAGUCCUGGCGACCAGAAUUUCAUAGCUGGUCGCCAGCUGGCGACUCGUAAAGCUGGUUGUUAUUGUAGACUUUCAUGUUCGGAGGAAAUGAUUAAGAAUUGAAACCUCGAAGCUCUUUGCCAACAGGUGUCUUACUUUUUAUCCUGCUGAUAUUUUUUUAAUUUAAAAGGGAAACGAAUCUUCCUGUAAAUAUACCUCCACAACAGCUACGAUCAAUACGACGUGAACGUUUCCAAGCCACCAAGGGGAAUUUUUGGCGAAAAUAAUCUGCCCUCUGGCGACCAAAAAUUUAUACUUGCUCACCAGUUGGCGCCCAUAUUAAAAAGUUAAUUUCGGACCCUGUUAAGUACGUCGGCAUGAGUAAAGAUAUGGGAAAAAGGUUACCACAACUGUAUUAUAUAAAGAUGAAAAUUUCUUAUGAUCUGGGUUUUAUCACGUUCCUGCAUUAGCCUCGCAUUCAUGCUGAAGACCUACUCGUCCCUGGACCGUCGGGGAAUACGAAUAUUGUCUAUUCCAGCGAAUUCCAGCAUCAUCACGGGUAACCCAGGCUCACUAUUUGUGUCACGUACGGGUUUCACGUAUUCUGAGCUAUGAGUAUAUAGAGAACAUAUGGGGCGAAGUUUACGUCUGGAAAUUUGCUAGAAAAUGGCAACCUCGUCCCCAGGGCUUUUCCCUUAAAUGGGUGGGGCGGGAAAAGGCCCUGGCAUCGGCUGGUCACGUGCACAGCCUAAAUAUUCCUGAGAAGCUAAUUUAUAUCCAACCCGCUGGUUUUGCGCUGACAGAAGUCGAACGGAGCAACAAUGGAAAAUAAUAAUAUCGCGAACUGUAUGUCAAUAUUUUCGCGUCUGUGCGAUUCAAAAGCUUAAGAUCCAUUUAAUUGCGUAUUAUUCAAAUGCUACAAGAACCGGCUCUACGUUGUCACGUACAAAAUAUGUCAAAUGCUUCAGAGUUGAGACAAGCUGUUAUCGAGUAGUACUUCGACUGAAAUUCAUCGUGACUGUGGAAUUACUGUACGAUCAAGCAGAAAGUGAUUUUGUCCAAUAUCAAACAAAAAUGCGGGCCUUUGCCUCUAGGAUCUGCAGUGAAUUUAAACAAAUUGGACUUAAUUGAAAUAGAAUUGUUCAUCAAAAUACUUUAUGAUAGAGUCUGGUCUUCUCUACAACCCGACCAUGAAACAAACAAAUCUCCGCGCCGGAUGCAAGUCAGCCCUCCAGCCAGGAACGAUGACAGGUCGCCGAUCUGAAACAUUUUAAGAUCUCUUAUAUCUUUUCUCUUCGAGGAUAAGUACAAAGGAUUUUCCUUAUAUCAAAGGGAAGAUUGACCGAUCGAUUGGAAUCAACUACAGCUCUGUCAAAAUGGACCCAAGUCUUUCUUUGUUACCAGUCGUUUGAUACCCUGGGUGCCAGAAACUUUUCAUGCGCGGUUUCCGGUUUCGGUCAAGUCUCGCAGAGGUCAAUGAAUUUUUAAAAAGACAGGUCAUACAAGAUAUAAGUCUAAACCAACGCGUGACGCUAUGAUAUGGCUGAGAGUUAAGUUGAAUAGAACUAGGUUGUGUACGGCGGUCCACUUCGCAAGAAAUAAAAUAAAAUAUCAAAAGAGUCGAGAAAACGGACUUCUGCAGUACAAACUUCAUGCAUGUACGAUAGCUUGUUUGUCAUUUAUAUCGCUCUAUAAAGGAAGUUUUACAAAUGUUACCGCUCGCUGUCCCCUUCAUAGAAAUCGGAGGAAAGCAAAAAAUUACCAUAGCCAGUAUCUGUGACAAAAAAGAAAUCUUGUAAAACUUUUCGUUAAUCGUCAAGAGAUAUAAAAGGCCGCCCAAGAUCGCGCGCUGUGAGGUUACGCAUAAUUUUAGCUUUUCACAUAGCGCUAAUUUAUUACACCCAGGAUUUUAGGGUGUACGAGGGGACACGUGACCAGCCGAUGCCAGGGCCUUUUCCCGCCCCACCCAUUUUUUAAGGGAAAAGCCCUGGGGACGAGGUUGGCUAGAAAAUGGCAACCUUUUCCCGCCCCACCCAUUUUUUAAGGGAAAAGCCCUGGGGACGAGGUUGAGAAAAUGGAAAUAAAGAUUGAUGAAAUAUCAAUAUGCACACGACAUUUCUGGAAAAAUAGUCUCCUUCAUCUUUCCUACACAGUCACUUGUUAUGCAGGAGAAUCUCUGCGGUAUUUUGUUUUUAUUAAAGUUGAAUCAAAGAAAGCUUAAGCGAAAAUAGGUAGAAGGUUAGAGGGCCAUUCCUUUUAAUAUCGACACCCCCCCCCCCCCCCCCCCCCCCCCCCCCCCCCCCCCCCCCCCCCCCCCCCCCCUAUGGAAUAAUAAUAAGAAUGCUAAGAAUAAUAUGCUAAGAAUAAAGAUACCAACACAGUAUUCCCCCCUCAGAAACAGCUUAUUUUUUCUCAUACCCGUUAGUCUAAAAUGCUAUACGUCUCCACCCUCUUACCCCUUGGCGGGUGGAGAGUCACCCUCCCCCGCACCCCCCAACUGUUAGGGGGUGGAGACGUAUAACAUUUCAGACUACAUACCGGUUAGAAAUAUUCCAAAGACCAAAGGUGCUGACACAGUCAUCCCCCUCGGAAAUGACUUUCAAAGCCCCCCUCAGAAAGUCUCGUCCAUGGGGGAAGCGGGGUAAGGGGGGUUGUGGAUAUUAAAUGGAAUAGCCCUGACCUGAAAGACAUGUUAAAUUGUGCCACCAUCCUGUAGAAUAUGACCGGCCAACUGAAAGUUUGUCCAGACAAAUGGUCAUCUUGGCCAGACAUUGUCCAGUAACUGGCCGAUGUUUUGAGCCCUGUAGAGAAUUUUAUGCCUCCUUGCCCGCUUGUCUUUCAUACGCUUAUGUUUUGAGCCCUGUAGAGAAUUUUUCUAAUAUUGCUGAUGUAGUUUAGUUGUGUUCCAAUUUGUAUUUGUAUUUUGUAUUUUUUAUUUACUCCAUUCUAUAAAAAAUACAAUACGUCAGUUGUGUCAUAAAUUAAAGGUGUUUCGACAAAAAAACUACAUGUUCGCAAAGAAAUUGAGAAUGGAGAAGGGCACAGUAUAGUAAAACUAGUUAUGGGCCUCUAACAAGAUUGGCUUUUCUCUAGUAUAGCUUAGUUAUUUAUUACAACAAGAUAACUUACACACGAAAGAUGCAGCCAAAAAACACAAAACUACGGAUCUUCAAAAGACGCGGCCAUCAUCAUUGCCAACCGCUAACCUCCUUGUUUUUGUUAGCCUCCUACGUAGACGUUCUUAGGGCUUUGUCAUGCCUUCCUUCCCAUGAUCAUGGGUUGGUACACGCGACAAAGGAACACGUGACAAAGCGCUAAGAACGUCUGCGUGGGAGGCUAUAUAUGUGUUUGUAGUAAUAAGAAUUUUUAUAAUACUGAUUGUAGGUAAAUGUGACAGAACGUGGAUAUUCUGAUGUAGACGUUGACAGGUUUGUUUAUUCAUUGGAAGUAGAAAUUUUGUGUCAUUUUAAGCACCCUCUCCGCCUAUAAAACAUUGUGCCUAAUUAACUAACAUUUCGUUACUAACUGCUCCAUUUGUGUAGGGUGGACCUGUACAAGUAUCCGGGUCUCUAUGAAAUAGAGCAUCACUUUGCCUUCAUUGAACCUGGUGACUGUCUCUAUGUUCCAUUUCUUUGGUGAGUAUUACAACCCGUCUGCACCUGUGGCACCCAAAACCCUGGGUAAAAUUCAUUGCUCCCUGUACCACUUGUACCAUCAGUCAGAAUAAUUCAGAUGACUAUGAUGCACGAACCUGUGAAGCUCAAAUAAUUCUUCCAAGGCAUACCUAAAAAGGUGUUUUCACCUGACCGCAGGUGAACGUAGAAAACGUUUAAAAUUGACUGUUUGAGUCCAAUAAAAAAGUUUACUCUUAUAGGCUACUCCCACUACUUUUAAUACUCGUUCUUUAGCAUUUCUACUAGUAAACCCCCUGAGUUUCAGCUAAAAAAAGAAAAAAAGCGAAAAAUAAAUGAAAGUUAAGCUUUCUGCGUGUGCCAACCCCUAAGUAAUUUAUUUGUUUUUCUUUUACUUACCGUUACCCCAGAAAAAAAUCGAGCGUAGUUUUGGAAUUUCAAACAGAAGUUUGAAUAUUCCAAACGAGGACCAGGACAGGGUUUUAUGAGAAUUUUUGGAACUUUCAAAAGAUUGUUCUUUCGCACUGGAAAACUUUCCGCUUUUAAGAGCAGAGUAGGAUAUCCAACAUGAGAGAAAAACGCGGAUAAUAAAUCCAAUAAAAAAUAUACUACAAGUGUGUCGUGUCGUGCAAGUUGUAUUAAAAUAGCUGACGGACGCUAAGGUGAUGGGUUCCUGUAAGUUUCUGCUUUGUUCUCCUUAUUCUACUCCUUGAUUUUGUCAGAAUGGAGGAACGAGAAGUUUGUCAACGAUCUUUUUUUUGUAGGGUUCACCACGUGCGAUCUUAUGGCCUGAACAUAGCUGUGAAUAUCUGGUGGAGACGUGCGGUGGAGAAUGGUUUUAGUGGCUGUGGGGAUACAGAAUCUAAGAGAACUAUUAAGGGCCUGACAUUUAUUGGGUUUAAUGCUCUUUAUGAUGCCCAAAAGAAAAUGAUAAAGUAAGAACUGACUGUACUUGUUACUGGCUUGUUACAACAGUAAUUUAUAGUAUUUGGGUGGGAAAUGACAUUCAUAUUUUUAUGUCUCUAUUCUAUUUGGGACACUUAACUUUUCAGCUUCUCUAACAACAGGCUGUUACACUUUGUAGCAUAUAGGUCUCUUACUUUAGUCUUUUGUUCCAUAUUUAGACUUUCUUUUUAUUAUUUUCCAAGAAACCGUUUGGUGAAGGAGGUUAUAUCCAGCAGUGGCAAUCUUUCUUUUGGGGAACUUACAGAGUUCUUUCAAAAGGUAACCUUCUAAAUACUUAGGCGUGCGAUGAUUCGUUGCUCGCAUGCUUUGAUCCAUGAUAGAGCUCCGUAGCUGAUUGAUAACCACUACGGUUCUCCGGGAUUUGUUCAGACCUGUCCGGCUGGUCGUCCGGCUGUGAUUACCUGCAAUUGUAGUAAUUAACACUCUAACGAACGCCCUUGACCUUGGGCGGGAGUGUUUGUUUUAACUCAGUGCAGUGGCUAUACUAUUUUCUCAAUCUCGGGUAACCUUCAGUCUUGUUUGUAACCCGUAGCCUUGGGAGGCCAUGAAAGGCGGCUGUAUUCCCAGUUACCUGCGGGCAAAACGCGUGCUAGCCUGCCGCAUAGCUUGCGUUGCGGCAACUUUGGCGCUCUGCUCGCACAUAGAAACGCCUUUUACAAAAAACAUGGGCCAGUUAUUUAAACGGAUUUUGGCCAUUUUAACAAAACCGCAUUCUGAGUCAUUUUCAGUUUGCCCAACGCUUUUAUCUAAACACCAUUUGUCUUUGACAGUUUCAUUAAAGCAUAUAGAGUAGACAAGAAAAGCAUUUAUCUUCCUAAAUUGACCCACCAAGGAAGAGAUCUGGAGGUCUAAGUUAGACUUUGUUUUAAUAACCGACCCAUAAGGUUUUGUUAUUUACGGUCUCGUCGUUUAGAUUUUGUUUAAUUUGCAACCAGCACCUUGACGCCGCCAUGUCAAAGUUUCUUUGAACUAGCUCCUUUAUUUAAAGCAACAAAGAUUUUGACAAUCAGCAAGACCAUAAAUUCCUUUUAUAUGAUAAUAGCCUGUUAGUGUAACAGGCCAUCAUGAAGGGUAUAGAAUAAUGAAGAAGCUUAGUGAAAGGCGAGCUGAGCAGACGUAUUAUAGCGAAUAAUCCAAGGAUGGUCCACGGUUCCAACUCGUCUUUAUUACAGUUAUAACGAAUUACGAUUACGGUUGCUAAAAGCGAAACAAAAAAUACAAAUUACUAAGGAAUACAAAUUACAGCUAUGAAACGACGAAAAUACAGGAAACGGAAAGAAACUAAGCGAAAAUACUUACAAACGUUGUGUGACUAGAAAGUUGAACGGAAAAAAGGUACGAUGGCUAACAAGACUGAACGAAAAAACUGCAAUGAUGUUGCUGUGAACGCUAAAGCGAAAUGAAUUAGAAUAAACGAUGAAACUUACAAAAUGAUCUAAGAGCAGAGAAACUUAUGCAGAGAAAUCUAACAGAAUAUGAAUAGCGAUAACUGAAAAGAAUGUGAAAGGAAUGUGCAACUAUACAAAGAACUAAACGCUAAACAUAUUGACGUGGAACGCGGCCGUAACAAGACGGUUAGACUGUUCACACCAAGCUAAUAAAGAGCUUAAGCAACGACGACGGCGACGUCAACGAGAACGGCAAAAAAUCAAUAGGUUUAGAUUGGUAAAACAACCACUCUGCACGUGCAUCACGCUUUUUGUAAAUUUCUUUGCUAUCACUGCACGAGUCCAACGUGAAAAUGCCUAAUUUUACGUUUUUGUGGAGGACGUGAACACAAGACAAGGACUCUCUUUUCUUUUCUUGAACUUCGAUACAAUCUUUUAUAAAUUCUUGUAUUAUGAAUUAUUGUAUUAUUUUAGAAUUCAACUCCAGUAAAAAUUGCCAAUAUUUGACGAGUUGAACGAGAUGGAAUAAGCGCGAUAAAGUUUGAGACAGCGCGACUUCAGUUUUUAAGUGACGUUUUGGUAACCGUCGCCGUUGUUGUUGCUAAGCUGCCUAAUAUGUUUCUACUGUUUGUUCAACGUUUGCAGCCCGAUGUGUUUGGCCCCGGCGUUACGUGGACAGAGGACAUGUCAAAUGUUGUCAAAAAGGUAACUUCGUCUCCAACCAAAUUUUUCUGGGAAGCUUUUUCCCGGAUGAGUUCAUGUUGGUUUUAGUUCAUAGCCGAAUGUGACCGGUGUUGAAGCUCUUUUUGCAGACAAGUAAUGUGUUUGUUUUGUCAGCUUUAGUAGAUGCCAUUGACGGUUUUAUUUUUCUUUGUUUUUAAUCAUAAGAUGUUUAUUUUGAUGGACCAGUCAGCGGACGAAAUAAUAACACGUGAUGAGCUGGACCAGCUGCAAGGAGAGGUAUCAUGACUGUUGUUUCAUGUAGGAGCAAUCAAUCUUGCCUUUCCCAGGAUCCUUUUCGUUAUCUAUUCAACGACUCGAGAAGUAUUUUAUACCGAAAUUCGUGAGUGAUAAGUAAAAUACUCGGCCGAUGAAACGUUUCGAGGUAAGUGAUAUCGUUCCCCAAGAUCAGCAGUCGAUUGUGUAGUGAUUCUACGCCUUCCUCAAAAAGGAUUAUUGCGACAUUUGCAACUUUUUCCUCAAGACAAACAGAUCUCGAAAAGCACCUUUGGUAGCGGCAAGCUCUCCUAUUUGGGCGAGCGAAGCAAGCCGCGCGAGAACGCGCAAGCGUCUCUUCUCGCGUGCCUCUCGCGCGUCUACUUUUCACGACAUCUAAAAAUGGAGAGCUUGCUCGCAGGCUACACCUUUGGGUGCCAUGUGACCAGCUGAAAUAAGGCUUCUUUCUCAUUCUUUAGAAGUGACGUAAAAUGACGAAAAAAAGGCCCUUGAAACGAGGUUGAGGGACUACAGACCGGAGAUUAUGGCUCCUAAUGGGAAGGUUUUAUCCCUGUCCCAGGCGCCCUCUUAUACCUGUUGAUGUUAAUUUUAUAUUUAGGACUGGGACCAAAUCCGCAUGCUUUCGAAUGAACUGAUGGAACUUGCUAUGGCAGAGUAUGAUGGACCAAUAGUAGACGACACUGUUACGGAAGAACAAUGGGAACAAAAUACAAUUGGUAACGCUGAAGAAGAAGAAGCACACAUCGAGCUUUGACAGCCAAAUUAAUCGCUAGAAAUUUUUUUUUUACGCCGAUUGGACAGUAAUUAUGGUUCAGGUCAUUUGAGUGGCCUAGUCGAAAAAACUCUUAGAUAAAAGUUAUUAUUUUUUUCGUUUGUAAAAUUUACUGACACAAAGUGUACUUGAGUCAACAUUUAUGUACGAAAGCACGGUGUAAAUAUUUUGUAAUUAAACGACAUCUACUAAUUUAAAACUUAUACUUUCAAAUCAAACUUGGUCCUUAGGGGUAAGUUAAAGUGUAUUA